AUGGCGCCUCGCAAAGAACACGCAUUCGCGACGGUGCUCUCCGCGCAGGUGCGGUCGAGUGAUGAACAGUCGAUAUUGGUCGAGGCCGGUGGCGUCACUCCUAUGCGCUGGUUCCUCGAGCACGGCCAGCCAGAUACCGAAGGCCCACCCAAGAAACGACGAAGGCUGCAAGACAACAAGAGAGAGGCUCAGACCCAGGACGACCACCCAAAGAAUGAGGAGAUUCCGCUGUUCGAGGCAUCGAUCGAUUUCCACUUUCCAGAGACGCUCAAGGCCAAGUCGCCAUCGAAACGAGCAUUAGAGGAUGACAUCAGUUUCGAGGAGACGGCUGCCCUUCCGGUCGUGGUGUACGGAGUCGAGUCAGAUGUCACUGCGACAAAGUUGCGUCUCGCUCUUCACAAAGUGAAUGGACCUGUGCUCGUCUUGGAGUCCCAAGAGGUUUCCGACGAAGUGCUUGGACUGCUGAGAACGAUUGCCCUUCCAGGCCAGCUGAAAGCCGCAAUAUCCAACAAACGAGUCAAAGAGAGUCCGGCAUCUUUGAUCUCUUGUACUCUGACACGAUCCGUCGGCGAUCUCUAUACGGUCUUUCGUCUGCAGGCCUCGCUGCGAUGGCGUUCUGGAUCUUCGGCAUUCGUAGCAGGCGCUCCUGUCGGCGCAGCCAAAAUCUACCCUGAUUAUGACUUGCUACUUCAAGCAUUCCCAGAUCAUGUCCGAGACGCUGUGAAUCAUAGCCAGCCAUGGACGCCGCAAGACUUCUACGAAAGUGUUCACGCGCCUUCCAGAGACGUGGACGUUGAAGGCAAAUACGACAACGUUCUGGAGAGUGAACUCUAUCCUUUUCAGAAAAGGGCGAUCUCCUGGAUGCUGGGUAGAGAGGGCGCUGAGCCGUGGAUACAGGAAUCGCCAAGAUUCUACAAGAAGGUCAACGAUGCUGAUGGUCGCGAAUGCUUUGUCAAUCACCUGCAAGGCAUUGUGACCCGCGAGCCUCCAGAUGACGAGGCGAAAGUAUCAGGAGGUUUGCUAGCAGAAGAGAUGGGAUUGGGCAAGACGGUCGAGAUUCUGGCAUUGCUGUCGCUCCAUCGGCGGACGCACACAUCUUCUGAUGAAGUAUUUGACGGCGACUCCGAGACCAUGGUCAAGCCAUCAAGAGCCACUCUCAUCAUCACUCCACCCAGCAUAUUGCAGCAAUGGAAGUCGGAGCUCAAUCGACAUGCGCCUAAUCUGAAGGUCCAUCACUAUCAAGGCAUUCCGAAGGCAUACAGAAAGGGAUAUUCGGAGGCAGAUCUUAUCCAAGAUCUUGCAACGAAGUACGACGUGGUCCUCACGACUUACGGCGUUCUUGGUGCAGAGAUCCACUUUGCCGAAGAUCCACCUGAUCGGAAUAUGCGACAUGCGCCCAAAUUCGAGCGGAAGAAGAGCCCACUCAUCCAACUGCAGUGGUGGCGCAUUUGCUUGGAUGAGGCACAGAUGGUCGAUACAGGCGUGACUGCGGCAGCUCGUGUUGCUUGCCGCUUGCCGCGGGUACACAGCUGGGCAGUAUCUGGAACGCCUCUGCGCAAAAACGUCGAGGAUCUCCACGGUCUUCUAAUCUUCCUUCGAUUCAAACCGCUCAGUCUGAGUUCGAAACUCUGGGGCCACUUGGUGACAAACCACAAGCAUCUCUUCAAAGGCAUUUUUGGAAACAUAGCCUUGCGACAUACAAAGGCGCUCAUUCGCGAUGAGCUGCGCUUGCCUCCGCAGAAGCGAGUCGUCAUCUCAUGCCCAUUCUCUGUGGUAGAGCAACAGAACUACGCCACACUAUUCGACCAGAUGUGCGAGGAGGUUGGCCUGAACGCAGACGGCUCCCCUAGACACGAUGAUUGGGAGCCGAGUCAGCAGACGGAGCGAAUGCGCCGAUGGCUGAGUCGUCUUCGUCAGACCUGCUUACAUCCUCAAGUUGGUGCCAAGAAUCGCAAGGCGCCUGGUGGUCGCGCAGGCCCUUUGCGGACCGUAGCCGAGGUUCUGGCGCAAAUGAUCGAGCAGAACGAGACAGACCUCAGGACGAGAGAGCGAGAAGCUCUCUCGGCCUCUCUUAAGAGAGCACACAUCAUAGGCAAUAAUGGCGAAGAUCAACAUCGAAGCGAGAAAGCGUUGAAGUUGUAUGAAGAGGCUAUGAUAUCCUCGGAGCAUAUGGUCAAAGAGGCGAGAGAGCACCUGGCCGCCGCGAAGACAGUCGCAACCGAGAAAGGCGAGGCUACUGUCGACACCGACGACGAAGACUCGUCAUCUGAGUCCACCCCGGUUUUAGGUCGACUACGCAACGCCCUUCGAGUCGCCUUGAACUUGCAUCACGUGAGCCUCUUCUUCACUGCCACGGCCUACCACCAGAUCAAGUCAAACGAAGCUUUGACGGAAGAGGGUUCAGAUGCUUUUAAGAAGCUGGAGGCGAACGAGACAGAUCUAUACGAGCGUGCAAAGAUUCUUCGAAAGGAAAUCAUGAGUGCCACUGCAAGGAAAGCUGAAGGACUCAUGCGUCAAGUCAAAGACGUGGGGGACAACAAGACGGCCACCAAGAUACCCAAGAUCAAAGACCUCCAGAGCUUUGGCGGCAUCGAAAGCAGGAAGAUCGUGGAGAAGGCUGACGAGCUCUUCGACGAAAUCCGAACGCAGGUAUCCACAAUCAAGCAAUGGCGAGCAGACAUGGUCAAGUACUUGGUGAAGCCACUCGUGGACGAGGAAGGAGACGGAAUCGAGACUACUGGAGAUGAGUACGAAGACUCAACAAAGCAGCAGGACGAGCUUUACGUCUACUUCGAUGCCAUGAAGUCCGUAUACGCGGAUCUCAACACCUACAUCACAGGCGAGAGCGCUCCAUUGGUUGACCAUGAGGUCAAGAUGCUUGUCAAAGGUGCGAAGAUGUUCUUGGAUCCAGACGUCGCCGAAGAACACAAGCCGCAAGGCGUUCAUGCGCCCGAGCUGUUAUUGAAGCUUAUCUCUUCUCGAGUGCAGGACUCUUAUAGGAAGCGCAGGACACAGCUUGGUUCUGUCCGCAGCCUCAUUCAAGAAGCUCGAACACUAGAAUCGGCAAUGGAGUGGAGUGGGUCAGGUUCUCGAGCGGCCGCAGAGCAUGCGCUCGUGAAGCAGCAUUUGGACGCAUUGAACGGUGUCUUUUCUUCCUACACGAAGGCUCUCAAUGGCCUCGAGAAGGAGAUUGAUCUUUUCCGUGUCACUCAAAACCAGCGAGUCGAGUUCUAUCGCCAGCUCCAGGAGCUCUCCGACGAUGUGGCACCUUACAAAGAAGAGCACGACCCACAACUCGACCAUCUCGCCCUAGGGCUUGUCGUAAAUGACGAGGAUCACGCCAACAACCACUUGGCUCAACUGCGCACCAAGCAUCGCUUUCUCCUCCAUCUCAGAGACGAGAACGGUGCUGAAACCGAGAGCAAGAUAUGCGUCAUCUGCAGAGACAACUUCGAACAUGGAGUUCUCACUGUUUGUGGUCAUCAGUUCUGCAAAGACUGCAUAACGCAUUGGUUCGCCCAAUCGAAGCUCUGCCCCAUGUGCAAACGACAGUUGACGAAGAACGACGUGCAUGAUAUAGCAUUCAAGCCGCAAGAGCUUCGUGCACAGGAGGAAGCCCAAUCUUCAGACUCCUCGUCUUCUCGCAACCCCACCUCGCCGGACCAUCCGAUACAAACGUCGAUCUACUCUGAUGUCGAUCCGAAACUGAUGGACGAGAUCAAGUCAAUUGACCUGCCAAAGUCUUACGGAUCCAAGAUCGAUACUUUAGGUCGCCACCUCCACUGGAUUCGAGAGCAUGAUCCUGGCGCCAAGUCCAUCGUCUUCUCCCAAUAUCGAGAGUUCUUGGAUGUGCUAGGCUCUGCUCUUCGUGAGUUCAAGAUCGGCUAUGCGCGACUUGGACGGGCUGGAUCAGUGGAAAAGUUCCGCAACGACCCAAGCAUCGAUUGCCUGUUGCUGGAUGCCAAGACGGACUCUUCCGGCCUGACCCUCGUCAACGCUACUCAUGUCUUCAUAUGCGAGCCUCUCAUUCAGACCGCGGUAGAACUCCAAGCAAUCGCUCGUGUCCAUCGAAUUGGCCAGACGCGGCCAACGACAGUUUGGAUGUACCUCAUCAACGAGACCGUGGAAGAAUCAAUCUACGAGAUCUCGGUUGCUCGCCGGCUCUCGCACAUGCAGUCCCGUCAACAGCAGGGUGAAUCGAAACAGAAGUCACGCGCAAGCACGCCAGCGCCAUUGGAAAACGCACUCGAUGCCGCCAACUCAGAAGAGCUGCAAUCAGCGCCCCUGACUAAGCUCCUCGUCACUGGCAAAGCCGAAGGUGAGCUCGUGGGCAAUGACGAUCUCUGGCAGUGUUUGUUCGGCAAGGCCCAGACAGCGACUGCCAAUCCUGCUGUCGCUCGAGAAGUCGGCCGUCAUUUGAGGGCCGAGGCUGCUGAGCAGCGUAGGGGUGGCGAGUCCUCCAUGGCGUGA